AAAAGAGCUACCUUUUUCCUGCUUCCCGAGCACUGGAGAGCCUCCCGGAAGCAAAAGGGCCUCCUCGGAUGGGUCCUGCUCCCGCCGGCGAAAGAUCGCAGAGCAAGAGGAUUAAAUCAGGAGGGACCACCGCAAUCCAAUCCCUCGACCAUGAUAUCCUCUGCAUGAUCUUCGCGUUUCUCGACUUCUUCGACCUCAUUCGAUGUUCCGUCGUUUGCAAAUUCUGGAAUACAAUUAUCAGUAAAUCCAAAUUACUGCAAAUAUUCUACUCCAAGCAGCAGCGGAAUUCCAUGGAUUUUACCAAUAACACUACGUACUCAGAGAGAUCACUAAAGAUGUAUUUAGAGAAACUGGCUAUGGAGCAUCACAGAUUGUCCUUACUAGAAGGUAUGAUUGACGUUGAUCAUUGGAAGGGUCAUUCAGUUGGGGUUGAUCAGUGCCGAAUGAAGAUGGGCUUGAUUCUUACUGGUGUAGGUGACAAGGUGAUGCGUCUCUGGUCAUUAGAAAGCUACAAAUGUGUGGAAGAAUAUUCGGCUCCGGACACAAUUCCUCUGGUUGACUUUGAUUUUGACGAGAGCAAGAUUGUUGGUUUGGUUGGUACUCGUAUGUGCAUAUGGAGCCGGAAUGGGAAAAGAAGUAUAUUUCCCUCAAGUCAAGGCACCUUUGUGAAGGGUUUAUGCAUGCGCUACUAUGAUCCUGAGGCAGUGGUUGGAUGCGAGGAUGGAACAGCCCGUGUAUUUGACAUCUACAGUAGGAAGUGUUCUCGAAUAAUUAGGAUGCAUGCUGGACCUGUAAAAUGCUUAUGUUUGAGCGAUGAUCACUUGAUACUUAGUGGUUCCUCUCUCGGAAGCAUCACAGUCUCAGGGAUCUCAUCUGAUCAGAGGGUAGCAACGCUAAGAUCGACAGACUCAACAGGCAUAAGGAGUUUGUGUUACAAUGCUUCCUCGCAUCUAGUGUUUGCCGGAUCCACAGCUGGAUAUGCUUCUUGUUGGGACCUUAGGACAAUGAGAUCUCUAUGGGAGACACGAGUGAGUCCAAAUGUUGUAUAUUCUUUGCAACACCUACGAAAUGACACAUCAACUUUAGUUGUUGGUGGAAUAGAUGGUGUGCUACGCAUUUUAGAUCAGAACACAGGUCAAGUUCUUUCAAGCUGCGUUAUGGAAGGUAAUAUGCUAUCAACCUCCCAAAACACCCUUGGAGCCAUUGGAAGGAAGAAAGGAAGGAGGCUUUCAGAAGAUACUAGCAUCGACAGCAUUCCUAAAAGUGAUCGGCCUCCCAUCACAUGCUUGGCUGUUGGGAUGAACAAGGUUGUCACCACACAUAAUAGUAGGUACAUCAGAUUGUGGAAAUUCAAGAAAUGAGUGAACAAUGCUGAUUUUCCAUUUAAGAGGGCAUCGAUCAGGAGAUAUCCAUAUGCUCAUAAGCACCAGUCCAAAAGAGAGAAAAAAAAGUAGGUGUCAUGUGCGUAUGAGGAGCUGAGCCGAAUUUGCAGUUCAAGAUGGAUAGAGAGAAGCCAAUAUUCAAUGCUCCACUUGGUCACAAGCUCAAGCUAUGCCCACAAAAAUGCUCUUAUGGAAUCUUGAAUUAUUUAGCUUGUUCUUGUUCUUGUUCUUUCAAUAUUGGAUCUCAUGCCAUACAAAAUGACCUUUACCUUCAUCUCAUGCCUAGAUAUAUGUAUUUCUUUCGUGAGCAAUCCAGGACAAGUUAGUUCCAAAUGUACAAGUUUGUGAUCCCAUGAACCAAAAAAAAAAACUGAAUUUUUCACAUUUUUUUUUUAUAAAAUCCUCUCAAGUAUGGUACGUUUUAA